CAAAAAUUGAGUGUAUGGUUUGAUACAUUCAUCAAGAUCUUAUAAUAAGGUGGUUACUUCAAGUGGAAGAUUCUAAAGAUUGCAAAGAUCGAGCCGGACGGUCUCUGUAGACAACACGUUUGCUAUCUUUAAAAAUAGUUGUAGAGUGCAAGCAAUAUAGAUCUGAAUAGGCACAUUAAUGGGAAGUCACGUGAGCAAGAAUAAGCCUGGUGAAACUUCAGGCACAGUCAACAAUCUACAAUACACACCUGAGCUGAAUUCCUAUGAAGCUGCCUGCAGGGUUGAUGCAGAUUUGCAAUCCUUUGAUACGACUCUCCAAGAACGAACCAAUAACGUUAUCAGUUCUCUAGCUGUCGGGGUAGAAGUUCGAGCUCUAUCUGUGGAUUCUUUGAAGGAUGUGACGGAGUGUUUGCUGGAGAUGAAUCAGGAGGUUGUUAAGGUAAUCUUGGAGUGCAAGAAAGACAUAUGGAAGAAUCAAGAAUUGUUUGAACUGGUCGAGGACUACUUCGAGAAUAGCUUGAAGACUUUAGACUUCUGUUCGGCAUUGGAGAAGUGCCUAAAGCGUGCUCGUGAUAGCCAAUUGCUUAUUCAUGUCGCGCUUCAACAGUUUGAAGACGAGGAUGAUCCAAUGGGAGGAAAUAGAUACACUAGAACAUUGGAAGAGUUGAAGAAUUUCAAAGCGGCUGGUGACCCGUUUACCGAAGAGUUCUUCGUAAAUUUUCAGGCUGUCUAUAGACAACAAAUAUUGAUGCUUGAGAAAUUGCAACUUCGAAAGAACAAGCUCGACAAGAAGCUAAAAUACAUACACGCUUGGAGAAAGGUCUCGAGUAUUAUCUUUGCUGCUUCAUUUGCGGCUGUGCUAAUUUGCUCGGUGGUGGCUGCCGCCAUGGCUGCACCGCCUGUGGCAGCUGCUCUUGCUGCAGCAACUUCCAUUCCAUUGGGAUCAAUGGGAAAGUGGAUUAAUUCCCUUCUAAAGAACUAUGAAAAAGCUAUCAAAGGACAAAAGGAGAUAAUUAACUGUAUGAAUGUUGGCACUUAUGUCACUAUCAAAGACUUGGAUAGUAUUCGGGUACUUAUUGAUAAAUUGGAGACUGAGAUCGAAUCACUCUUAAAGAAUGCUGAUUUGGCUAUCAACGAAGAGGCCGUGAAACUUGGCGUAGAAGAAAUCAAGAAGAAACUCGAUGGAUUCAUGAAAAAUAUCGAGGAUUUAGGGGUUCAAGUUGAUGUCUGCAGCCGUGACAUUCGCCGCGCUAGAACUGUUAUUUUGCAACGGAUUAUCAAACACCCCAACCAUUGAGGAUACGAAGAUUUCUUCAGGAUUUCGUAUAGUAUCUAUAGCAAGUGUGACCAACAUCUUAGUCUAAACCUCGAUCAACUAGUGCGGAAGAAUUAAUGUUUAUGUCGUAUGAUGCCAUAUGAUUGGAUUGUUAAUUUUAUUCUUUUAUUAUUUUGAUUGUUUAUUGAUCAUAAUAUUGCUAAUCAUUUAAUUUCUAAUGUAUUUAAUUGACUGCUAUCUUCAUGGCUUCUCUAUUUUCUUGCCAUAAUUUAGCAGCGCUUUGUAUUAGCAGCUUUUGAUUGUUGUAUUUGUGUUGAAAAACUGAAGGAA